AUGGAGCCAACAGUAAAUGACCUGUGCUUCCCUUCGGCCAAUCACUCGUGCAGGAAGAUCCCACGCAGCCAAUCAGAGGCCACCGCCGUCUACACCCUGCUGGCGGCCAUCACUGUGGUCACGGUCCUUCUGAACCUCCUGGUCAUACUCCACACCUGCACUAACCUCCUGCUCCUCUCUCUGGCCGUCUCUGACUUCCUGGUGGGUUUCCUCCAGAUGCCCUUCCAGAUGUUCUACUUCCAGGGCUGCUGGUUCCUGGGGGCCUUUGGGUGUGCGCUCAGUAACUUCACCAGUUUUCUAGUGACCAGCGCCUCAGUUGGAAACAUGGUCCUUAUCUCUGUGGAUCGUUACGUGGCCAUUUGUGACCCUCUGCUGUACUCGAGCUCGAGCGAUGAGAUCUACCGUGAGGCCGGUCGCAGUCACAGUGCAGAAGAAUGA